GAUGGUGUAAGUGCGUCGCUGUAGACUUUCUCCCCUGUUUCGGUCGGGUGAUUAGAUAAAGAGAUGUGACUGACUAGCAUUUGCUCGUCCGAGUAUUGGCCGGAAAGUUGUCGGGUGGUGCCGAGUGACCGCCGAUUUUGGUAGAGACGGACGGGUAUGGCGUCGCAGUCCUCUUCUGCUUCUCCUUCUUUCCCUUCUCCUACUCGUUCGCCGCCUACUCCACCGUAUCCCAGUGCCGCUAAGAUCUCCGACUCCCCUUGCUUUCCCCAGUACACCGCUUCUCUCAAAUGUCUAGAAGCAUACCAGGACAAGAGCAAAUGUCAACAGCAGUUUGAUGACUAUAAAGAGUGUAAAAAGAAAGAGAGGGAAGCUCGAUUGGAACGCAACAGGAAAAGAUCAUUUUUCCAGUGAGAAUGCAAGUAGUCUCUAUCAUGCACUUGGGUUUUCAGAUCAUCUUCCACAGUUCUGGAAAAAGAAAAAACAAAAAUAAAAAGAAUUAAAAACUGAUGAAUUACAUGAUGCAACUCAGCUUCCAAAGAAACUUUAGCUUGGUUCGUGGAGUAGUUUCAUUUGCAGCUAUCUGUGACUAUGGGGUGGGGGGAAACAAUUUCUGCCAAUAAAAUUCAGUUUAGAGGUGCAGUUUGCUCUGAGAUGGAGUGCUUGUGGUGCCCCAACAAAACUGACACCUGUGUGACGCCCUAAUGGCUUAAUUCUUGAAAUUUUUUGAGUUUUUUUCUGAGAAUUUUGAGUGAAAUUUAACAUAGUUGAAAGCUGGUGUGGGAGUUUGCUUGUACAGAUGCUCAAUAUGUUAUUGAAAUACUUUGUCGACA